UAACCACUCCAUAUACUAAUGCUUUACACGUAAGAAAUGACAAGGAAAGUCUGGUUCUGUUGUAAGUUUUGCGUGUUAUUUUUUCCUAUAGUGGGGAAAGAAAGAUUAAAGCCAUUUUUUUGUAUUAUAUAAACACGAGCCCCUCUCCAUUGCUAGAGAUUCAUAGCCACACAAGAAAUCGUGCAACUGAAGAAGGGUUCGCUAGAAAGAAUUGCAGAGCCUGAGAGCAUGGCAAACGUGGGCGUGAGCAGAAUGGAGAAGCCGUUCAAAAUAAUAGUCGACAUCUCUACGCUGAAGGAGGAGGCUGCAGUGAGGCUCGUGAAAGAGUUGGGUCAGCCCAGAUCGAGUAUCACCCACGUCGUCUUCUACAGCGCCUCCAUCCGUAACACCAAGGCUGACUCCCGUCUCACCAGUCUCCUUGACGCUGGCCCUUGCGUCCAAUAUCUCCCUUACGAGAAAGACCGCUUUGAUAGCAAGACCGCCAGCCUUUGCUGCAAGGACUUGUCCCACAACAACCCUGGACGCCCUGUCCUCGUUGUCUGCUCGGAGCUCACUCCUACCAGCAGCGGAGGCCUGUCACCUGAGGUUGAGGAACUUCAGAUUCACAUUAGGGUGAUAACCAAAGAGAUGGAGAAAUUGAGCUCUGAUAAUCGGCUUCUUAAGGAAAAGGCACUUGAAUUUCAGCUUCGUGCUGAGAAAGCUGAGGCUCGACUUCGUGCCGAGGCUAGGCUUCAACGAAGUAGCUUCCCUUAACAUCAUACACAGUUCUUGUUUCUUGGACUCUUUAUGUUGCUAUAUAACAUUGUAAAACGCUCUAGAUAAUCAUCAUUGCCAAAAUCUUGGUUUCUUGAAGCCUACUGAUCAACUCAUCAUGUAAGCGAACUUAUCAACUCUAGCCAACACUUAAAAGGCCAUAGCAGCCAACUUCAGGUACAAUAUGCGACUCACUGAUUGUGUGUGGCAUGCAACUCCUAGAUACACAAACGAUUCAUCUCUCACACACAUCUCUUCUACCUGUAUCACGCAAAUAUUGACCAACUUCACAUAUUUCUCACAAACACACGAUUCAGUAAUGUAAGUAUCACUUCAUAAUGGCCAAAGCCUGUUAAUGUCUAUAUCCUUCAAGUCUAAGUUAGACUGUCUAACAUGCUUCUCGAGAUAAAGAUGGUUGUGUAACAUGUAUAUCAGAUUCCUUUAAUUAAUAUCUAUAUAUUAUAUUCUUGCAUUCUAUAUUUUCCUGUUUUACUUUAGUGUCAAUGAGCAUCAAGGACAGGACCUCGUUGCUCAUUAAUAAAGGUGACCAAUCAGAGAGUCUGAAGAUAGUUCCAUAAUAUAGAAACAGCAGAGAGAAAUUCAUGUGAUCUACCGAGACGUUGGGAUCACGUCAGUACCAAAGGUCAAACUCACAUCAAUAGAGCUCGUCGAGUCCAUGUCCCUACUCGCACCUCCCCUUGAAUUUUCAGAUGCAAGACACUCGUUUAAUCCAAUAACAACUUGAGACAUGGUAGGUCUUCUCAUUGAAGAAGGAUUCAGACAAGACAUUGCUAGCUCAACAGCUUUCCACACAGAACCAGAAUCGUAAUCUCCAUUUAUACUUGGAUCCAUAAUGCUUAUGAUGUCUCCUUUUGUAAGCAUUAACCCCACCCAUUCUCCUAUAUGUGGCUUUUCACGGCUUUGGUCGAUCACGGGUCGGUUUGUGAUCAUCUCCAACAACACAACCCCAAAGCUAUAAACAUCACUCUUCUCUGUCAACCAAUUUGUUCUGUAGUAUCUGAAGAAGGAAAA